AUGGCCGGCAGAAGCUCAGGAAUCCUUGGCCAGGCGCAAUCGGAGGAGGCGACUCACCAGCUACAAAGAUGGCUUUCGCAGGAGGAUGCAGAACGAGAUGCAGCGAGAACAGUCCUCCAGCGCCUGCACGCAACGGUGGAGGUUCACCGCCAGCGCCUUGUGUUGCUGCUUGCUCGACCUCCGGGCGGAGGAGAAGUGGCAAUCAGCCGCGCCAAAGAGGUGGUUCGAGACCUGGAAGCCGAGGCAUCCACGAUUGACUUAUCAGACGUCUCGCAGGGUGGAGCUCUUCUGCCUUCAUCCAUGCGCAGCAACCAUGCGGUGCUUUCGCAGUCUCUGAAGGAGACGCAGCGGCAGUGCGACAGUCUCAACCGUGAGAUGGUCCAGCAGGCAGAGUCCAAUGAGAAGCUGGUUGAGUCUAUGGGUGGGGUCAAGGCAGCGAACAAGCGCUUGUUAGAGCAGAUCCGUGGACAAUCUGCAGAGAUUGCACACAUGAUGCAGCAGCGAGUUGCGGAUGAGGAGCGCCUCGAGGCAGCUGCCAGGAGGCACGAGGCCCAGCGCGAGACGGCCCGUCAAAAUCUGCAGCAGCAGGUCGUGUCAAUCCGGGACAGCAGCACUGAGCGUCAAUGGCAGGUGCAGCAGCGCCUGAGCGAGAAGCUGCAGAAGCUCGAGUACGGCUCCGUGAAGCUGCGAAGCGGCGUGGGCCAACUGGGCAAGGAUCUGCAGGAGAGGCAGCAGACUGUCGCGGAGCUUUUUCGCGAAGUCAGCGGAUGGUGGCAAGUGUGGCAGAAGGACGUGCCCGCGCAGUUACUGCGACCUGUCCAGAAGAAUCGAGAACAAAAGCUGGCAUUGGAGAAGAGAAUAGGUGAGCUUCGCAGCAUGCUUAAAAAUGAGCGUGAGCAGAGACAUCAGGACAACAUGGAUUGGGGCCGAAAGUACGGGGAAAUGCAGACGGACAAGGAGGACUUACAAGCCAGACUGAGCAGGGAGUGCUCGCAGCUUGAGUCGCGGCUUCAGGCCCACGAGAAGCGCCAGCUGGAGGAGAGGCAGGCUUGGAUUGAGGAGAGAGCGAGGUUGGAGUCUCACUGCAGCGAGCAGGAGAAGCAGCUGGAUGCAAAGCAGGUUAGUCUGGAUCAGCUGCAUCGGCAAAUCGCCGUCUCAGAAACAGCCCUCACUUCGAAGGUCAGCGAGACCCAAAGCUUGGAUCAGGUGGCUGCCGAACUUCAGCGGCAGAUGCGCGAGUCGGACGAUGCCCUUGCUGCAGCGGUCCGCAGCAAUGAAGAUCUCCGAGGGCAGCUGGAUGAGCAACGCUUGCGUUUUCAGGACAAGAACAACCUUGAGCUGACUGACUGUCGGGGCUCCUGCGAGCGUCGCCUCACCGAAAACCGGCGGGCAGACGAGGUGGAGUCAGCCUUGGCAUUGCAGCAGAUCGAGGCCAUGGAAGAUGAGAUCAGAGCUUCUGACGAGGACUUGCUCAAGCUGCAAGCUGACCAUGAGGCCUCACUGCAGGACAUCGCGACCUCCGAUGCUGAUAUUUCAUCGUGGAGGUCGCACUGGGACGCAGAGAACAACGGCCGUGAGGCCCUGGAGAAGGAUUUCAACGCUGCAAAGCAGGGUUUCAAUGGCGAUCUUCUCACUCUUCAGGCUAUGUGCAACAUGCUGAUCGGGUGCAACGAAGAUUUGGAGCAGGAAAUUCGCCAGAUAUCAGGGGACUUGGUGCAGAAGCGCCGCGCGACCAGGAGUCGUGAAGUUGAGAGCACGACACGACAGGCCGCCGCGGAGGCGCAGCUCAAGGAGUCUCAGGAGCUGCUGGUAAGCUGCCGAGAGCGCUUGCGAGAAGUGGCGGACCAGCGAGCUCGCGUGGCAUCAGAGGCUGAAGCACAGCGCCAGCAGGCCAUCGAGGUGUUGUCCGUCAUGGAAAGGAAUCUGGAGAACCAGGUGCAAAUUCUUUACACUGACCGAGAGCGCUACGAAGCUGUGUUGCUCAAUCAUCGGAAGGUGCAUGAGCAGGCGAAGGAGGAGUGUGAGCGCGAGAAGGAGCUCGCUUCGGCAGCGUUGAGGCAGGCCCGAAGUGAAAGUCGACAUCGCUUGGAAGGUAUGGAGAAGGAGAAGAUGAGGAUCGAGGAGAGCAGAAGGAGCGAGCUGGCCCAAGGCCACGAGUACGUCGACCACCGGCAACAGAGAGUGGAGGACAUGGAGCAGGACGUAGAGCGAGUACGAAGCCGACUUGUGGAAAGCGAGACCAGCCUCGGCUUUCUUCGGCAGGAAUGUCACCGAGAGGAGAGGGAAAACCAGCGCUUGCAGCGAGAGCUGGAAGACGAGGUUCGACUCAUGGAAUCGCAGCUGGAGCGAUUUCGCCGCGAUGACACCACCCUGGCAAAGAACUGGGAGGCUCAGCGCUUCCGUGCGGACCAGGAGCGCCGAGACGUUCAUCAAAGCCUUGGUGAGCCAGUCCUCGGUGCUUCUUCCCCCGCACAGACCGGCUCAGGGAGACGCUGGUCCUCCUCGGAGCCGGUGACAGCCCGGUAG